GCUUUGCGACGACUUGGAGCCCAGAUCCAGGCACCCUUUCAUGGCUAUUGGGCACACUCGCACCCUGGGGGCAUGUGAUGUACGGUCGACACACGUCUCGCGCCGCAAUGCAGGCUUGCACUGCGUAACUGCGUAAUCCCACAUAAGCUUGUUCUUUGGUCUUUGGGCUGGGCGAACAGUAGUCUCCUCUUUAAAAGGUUCUCCCUUCUCAGAGCCGUGCCCACGCUCUGCUCUCUGACGUCCAAGACUUUUCCUCGCGCAAUUACCCACAUCACACACACAUAUCGAGACCAGACUGUGAUGGGAUCAUUUCCCGAACGCGACAUGGCUCCCAAUAUAGACUCGGCGCUGGGGACGGCGGACAUGGCGAAUGAGCAGCGCGGUCUUCUCGAGCUCAUCGACAAGCUGCAGUUUGCUCAGCUCGACAAUGUCAAGCUGCCCCAGAUCGUCGUUGUCGGAGAUCAGUCGGCGGGAAAGAGUUCCGUCCUCGAAGCCAUCACUGGCACGCCAUUUCCCCGCGAUGCCGGCGCCUGCACGCGUUUUGCAACCGAAAUCCGCCUGCGCAGAUCGGCCGAACCGAGUCUCAACGUCUCUAUCAUACCCGACAAGAACAAGCCCUUCAGGGAUCAGGAACGGCUGAAGCAGUUUGGCGGCGCCGUCGACACGGAUAUGUCAUUUGAGUCUCUUAUGAGAUCUGCGGUGGAAAUGAUCGCGCCCAAGAACAUUCCGGGCAGGUUCGCCGCCCGCGAUAUUUUGGUGGUUGAGAAGAGAGGUCCUGACAUGCCUUUGCUCACUCUCGUCGAUCUUCCCGGUCUCGUCAAGAACGCCAAUAAUGACCAGUCGAUGGACGAUAUCAAGACGAUCGAGACCCUUUGCGACCGAUACAUGAAGAGUUCCCGCACCAUCAUCCUCGCUGUCGUUGGUGGCAACACCGACUAUGUCCAGGCGCCCAUUCUCACAAAGGCUCGCCACUUCGACCCCUCUGGCAGCCGUACCAUCGGUGUCCUGACAAAACCCGACCUUUGCGAGUCGAUCGGUCUGGAAGAUAAAUUCAUCGAGCUCGUCCAGAACCGAGACAAGCAAAACUACUUCAAGCUCGGCUGGUACGUUCUGCUGAACCCGGGACCCCGCGAUCAAGGCCAGCCCUGGCCUUCAGCCCGCGAACGCCGUCAGCGCGAGGAGGAAUUCUUUGGUCGCGGCAAAUGGCGUGCGCUCCCCAGCUCCAUGUGCGGUGCCAAUGCGCUCAAGCAAAAGCUCAGCGUUCAGCUGCAGCGUCACAUUGGCCGUCACGUCAAGACACUUCGCAAGCAGAUCCAGAAGGCGCUCGACGACUGCGAUUCAGAGCUUAAUUCCAAGGAACUGGUUAUCCCUGCCGUCUACGGUUUCUACAAGAACCCUCCGCGCAAGAACUUCUUCCGUGCUACGGCCGACCCUCGCGGCACACCCGCUCAGAACUUGCGUGCCCGCGCCAUUGAGGAGAAUGAAAAGUUCUCGCACCGUAUUCGCCAGAACGGCCGCAAGUUCGGCUUCUCGUCGUCCACUGCCCCCGGCACGGCAGACGGGGUCACCAUCAGCGAGAGCAGCAAGAGGGAGUUCGUUGGCAGAGAGGUCGAGAUGCUUCUGCGACAGAUUCGCGGUUCCGAAUUUCCCAUGGACCCCAAGCCUCGCGCGGUUUACAUGCUCUUCCAGAGUUACUCUGAGAACUGGCCGAAGCUCGCCCAAGAGCACAAGGACAACCUCGGCGUCGUGUGCAAUGAAUUCCUCAGUGAGGUCAUCGACUUCGCGUGGCCCCAGCGCAUGCGCGAGCCUCUGCGCUACCAGUUCCUUGAUGUUCAGAUGAAGAAGUUGUUGGCCGAUGCACAGGUGGAGCUUGAGCACCUGACGCAAGACAUGAACCUCGAAAUCCAGCCGUAUGAUCCCGAGUACGAGGAGCGUCUUCGCAAGUGGCAAAUUGAGACCACCAAGGACGGUGCCACGUACACCGAGGCGCAGGAGGUUUGCGAGAAGAUGUUGAUCUUCUACGAGCUUGCAGCCAAGACUUUCAUCCGCAACACAAUUACGCAAGUCGUCGAGAGACACUUGCUGCAGGGCAUGUACAGCAUUUUCAACUCGGUUGAGAUUCUGGGCAUGCCCAGUGAGACGGUCGAGGCUAUUGCUGCUGAGAACAAGGAGACGCGCGAUCGCAGAAUGACGCUCAAGACGCAAAAGACUGCGAUUGAGGAGGCCCGCGACAUUUGCGCCAGCUUGGCUAUGCGCAAGGAGCUGAGAAUGAUAAGCCGAAGCAGACAACGACGCGCAAGCCCGUCAAUAACACCGCCCCUGCAAGCACCAGCCCAAGUCGCGAAACUACUCACCGCUCAACCCGCUCCCGCGACGAGCGCGAGGAGCGUCCUUCAGCGAGAACACAACCUACCGAGUCGGCGACCAACGGCUAUUCCUAUGGAGGCCAUCAGGCACCCGCACAGGCCCCCCCCGUCCCGACCUCACGACCGGAGCGCGCUGAGCCCGCCAGGACAAACACCAGCACGUCCCAGUGGGAGGAGGAAGAGUACUACAGAGCUCCUCCCUCCCAACAGGCUGCCGCACCGAACCAGGCACCUCCCCCGCCUCCUCCUCGUCCCCAGAAGUUGAGGCCCGAGGAUGCGGCAUCGGAUGCCUACAGCCACCGCUCGCAGUCUUCGAUUUCGGAGCAGCAGCAUGCUAAUGGCUAUGGGGGGUACUAUGAUGCCAAUGAGCAUACGCCCUCGUCUACGAGACGUGUGACUGCCAAGAAGCUU